AUGUUCAGACAGCUACUAGAGCAAUCUCGCCAGCUUACAAAUCACAUUGUUUCUCCUGGAUUGACUCCCAUUGAUCGAGGAUUAGAACAGAUCGAGGCUCAGACUAGACGGCUGCUCAAGCGAGCAGGUGCGAGGCAAGACACUACUGCUGGUUCAGGAACCUAUGCUGGAUCUGCUGGUGCUAAUGGUGGGCUGGCUCGCUCAGAUGGAACUGUUGAUCCCGCUGGAAACGAGUUUCAUGGCAUGUUGAGCUCAUCAGAUAUGGAAGGGUUGUCUUCCACUGCCGUAGGUGGUCUGACUGGCAGUGGCCAUCAUACUGCAGCUACUCAAUCCAUGAUAAUCGAUGGCUCAGACCCAGCCGUUUCUGCUGCUGCUGCCAUCGACUCUCGCACUGCCUAUCUCUUGGCUAAGCAAGGAUUUGAUCCUGAACGAGUUCAACACACUCUUGCUCAGAUAGAUCUUACCAACACUUUUGAGCCUUUACAUGGUCUGCCCGAUGCUGACAUUGAAGCCUUCUUACGUAACGAGCAUGAGAAUAUUGUAUCCAUUGCUAUCGAGGAAACCAAGUCGCAGGUUGCCCAGGACUUUGAACGGUCGUUUGAGCUGCGUAUUGGCAGAGACUGGACUGCUACAAAGAAACGUAUUUUUGAUCAGAUGGGCCAUCAACCAUCAAGGUCGCUUCGGAAUAGUCAGGCUGAGGCCAACUUGCUCGGAUCCGGAGAUAGAACCGAUUCCUCCAUCUUGCAACUUUCUAAUAGUCGUCAUACCGUAUCCAAUGGUACUGUGAUUACCGGUGGUAUCAUCAGUCAACCUCGUAUUCAUGCAUAUGCUGCCGUGGUUAAAGCCUUCAACGAGGCUCGUCGAAAAAAUAUUCCAUUUAACCCCAUCGCUUCUUUUGGACGAGCUGCUGAUAGUAUGGCUGCCGACUCUGAACAACAAUUGAUCAGUCGUUGCUGGACUCUAAUUUCCAUGAUGCUCGGUGGACGCAAAGGACUAGAAAAAAAGGCUCAGGGCCAUUUCGCUACUGUUUAUAAACUGGCCGAAGAUCCCGAUGUGUCCGAGCAAGCUACUUUGUUCCGAUCUAGUCUAAUCAAAGGGGGCCGAUCUUGGCUACAGGAAGUGUAUAGCAACUGGAUAUCAGAUAACGUGCGAAGCCAAUAUGCUGAGAUUGGCGGCAUGCCAACAGUCCAUUCAGAAGUCGAUGCCCAUCUUAAAAUCACUCAUAUGAAGCAUGGUAGAUGGACUCUUAGCUGGCUUGACCUUUCUGUUGGUGGUACUCCAUUUUGGGCCCAUGUGUUUGUUUUGGUCCGUAUGGGUCUUUAUGAUAAUGCUCUCGAGCAUAUUCAGCGUCAUCAAGCAGAUCUUGCAAAAACCAACGAGCGUAAUUUUCUUACGUAUUUCAAGGCAUGGAUGGACUCUGGUGAUGGUCGUUUGCCAAAGACUUACCGCGACAAACUUCUUGCUGAAUGGAAUGGUGGUAUCCGUGACUAUGCUACCAAGCCUCACCCCAAAGGUGAUCUGUUCAAAUAUGCUUUAUACAAGAUUCUUGGUCGAUGUGAAAUGACCAUCAAGACUAUAUCUUGCUCUGAUGUCAUUUUUACUGUAGACGAUUACCUGUGGUUGCAGCUCAUGCUUGUUCAAGAAGAAAUUCUCCCAACAGAUGCUGCUUACGAACGCUAUACCCUGCGUGAUUUUUCUUCUCGAAUGCAAAAGUACGGUAUCGAUUAUUUCAAAGCGCGACCCACUUGGUUCAUGGUUCUUCUUCUUUGUGGCGAGUUUGAGCGAGCAGUGUCGGAGCUGCAUAACGAUCCAGCAUUUUCUGCCGAUGGCAUUCAUUUUGCAACUGCUUUGGCCUACUAUGGUGCUCUGCGUGUACCCGAGAAUCCUCGUGGCACCGCUGUUGGAGGAACAUUUCUCAAUAUAAAACCCAUUACAUUGUCAACAGGUGCAUCUUAUGAAAUUGCAUACUUUCAUUUUGCCAAGACAAUUAUAUCUUUUGUUCGAUCGUGGGGCAAGACUGACCCAAUAGAUACACUGCACUAUAUUUACCUAAUUGGGCUGUUUGGUACACCUUUGGAUGCUCGACAGCCAUUGGUUGCAUCCCCCGCAGACUUGCAGCGAUCUGGUCGUGCUUUGGCUCCUCCUGCAAGCCACUCGGGACUUGAGUAUACCCGUCUUGCUCAUGCCAUUGUAUGCGAGUUUGUUCUUUCUUCCAAAAUGUUUUCUGAAAUGCUGGGACAAAUUCGCCCUGAUGGCAGUGGUCGCACGCCAGGACACAUUGAUACGUAUCGCACCUUGCUCCAUCUUACAAGCGAUCAAGAUUUUAUUCAAUGCAUUGUUCUUGCCUCAGCCUACGAUGCAGAAAACGAAAGUCGUUUAGAAGAGGCGAUUUAUCUUUACCACUUGGCUGGCAUGCCGGACAAGGUUAUUCAUUUGCUCAAUACUCAUUUAGGUGAACGACUUCUCCAACAAACAUUUUUUCAAACUGACGACAUGUCAGCCGAGCAAGUCAACAACACUUCUACAAUUCGUAGCACAACAGACAUCUCUCUUCCACUACUAUCUCUGACAACCAAUCCAGUACAAGAUACGGAGCAACUACUCAAAUUUUAUCAAUCACGUCCACUUACAGCAGCGAUGCUUACUACACAAACUGUGUCUACUUGUACUACCCUUGUACAACUUUCCAGAUUCCAUAUCCAGCAUGGUCAAGGCAGAGACGAAUCGGCCUUGGCAACAUUGUAUACACUCAACAUGUUUCCUUCAACAACGGAUAUAGUUGAAGUUCAAAGCAGGGUAGACGCGUUUUUGAUGCUAGAUGAAUCGGUUGCCAGAGUCAUGCCACAGAUCAUGUACAUGGCAUUGCAAUCACUUGAUCGGUUGUAUCGGGCUUGGACAGAGCGUCGUGGAAGCUUUGGCGGUGAUGGACGAGUUGUGGAUGUGAGAGAACGAGCUAGAGCCUUGAUGAUGUUUGCUGGCUUGGUCCAAUAUCGUAUUCCCUCAGAUAUCUUUGGCAAGAUGAAUCGAUUGGAUGUAAUGAUGGGCUGA